CCCUCUGCCUCUGCCUGUCCGUCCCUCGCUUCCCAAAACCAAUCUGCUCUCCUCCCUCCCGGACUCCAUGGCCCCGAGCUCGCCGCCCUCCGCCGCGCUGCGGGCGUCCUCGCGCAAGCGGACGGCCUCCGCCAAGGCCGCGCCCGACCAGGAGCCGUCCGCGGCCACCAAGCGCCCGCGCAAGGGGGCCGCGUCGUCGUCGGCGAAGAAGAAGACGGCCGAUCCCAAGGCGAAGGCGUUGAAGGCGCCGAGGAAGAAGAAGGAGGUGGCGGCGGCGGAGGAGAAGCUGUCGGAGGAUGAGGUUUGCGCGGAGGAGCCUGACGAGGAGGAGCUCGAGCUGGGGGAGGAGGACGAGUCGGCCGCCUCGGGGGAGCAGGGGCAAGCGACGGCGAGGAGGCGUGUGGCGCAGCCCACCAGGGAAAGGAACCUCGCCGCCGGGGACAAGGAGCCGGAGUUCGUCGGCGAGCCUUUCCCCGCCGACGAGGCACGCAGCAAGUGGUCGCAGCGGUACCAGCGCGCCGCGCCUAGGAGGCCGGAUGAGGAGCCCGAACUCAAGGCUCGGUGCCACUACCGCUCCGCCAACGUUGAUGGAACUGUCUACGCUCUUGGCGAUGAUGUCUAUGUCAAGGCUGCGGAAAAUGAGGCUGAUUACAUUGGCCGAAUAACUGAAUUUUUUGAGGGCACCGAUCGGCACUGCUAUUUUGCUUGUCGAUGGUUCUUCCGUCCAGAGGACACGGUGAUCUCUACGGCCAAGUUUGUUGAUGAUCACACGCAUGACCCAAAGCGAGUCUUCCUCUCUGAAGAAACAAAUGAUAAUGUGCUUGAUUGCAUCAUAAAAAAGGUUAAGAUAAUUCAUGUUGAUCCAAAUAUGGAUCCAGAAGGCAAGGCUCAACUGGUGGCUGACAGUGAGGCUGAGCUAUAUUAUGACAUGUCAUAUGCGGUUGCAUAUUCUACAUUCGCUAAUAUCCCAUCAGAUACCAAUGAAAACUCUGGGAUUUCUUCUGAUGCUGACCUGGAGGCUGGCACGCCACCAGUGAGAACAGCAGCUCUCCUUGACCUUUAUUCUGGCUGUGGUGGUAUGUCUACAGGGCUAUGCUUGGGUGCCGCACUUGCUGGCCUGAAACUCGAAACGCGAUGGGCUGUUGACCUGAACAGCUUUGCAUGCAAGAGCCUGAAGUACAAUCACCCAGGAACUGAGGUUCGAAAUGAGAAAGCUGAAGAAUUUCUUGCUCUCCUUAAGGAAUGGGCCAUUCUAUGCGACACAUAUGUCCAUGUGAAUAAUUCUGAAUCUGAUAGUCCCAUAGAGGAUGAGGAGGAAGAUGAUGAGCCUCUUGCAAAGGAUGAGUUUGUGGUAGAGAAGCUGCUUGAAAUCUGCUAUGGUGGCAGUGGGAGGGGAAAGGGCAUAUAUUUCAAGGUUCAAUGGAAAGGCUAUGGUCCAGAGGAGGAUACCUGGGAGCCCAUUGGAAACCUCAGUGACUGCCAACUGAAAAUCAAAGAAUUUGUACAAGAAGGGCACAAGCGGAAAAUUUUACCAUUGCCUGGUGAUGUUGAUGUCAUUUGUGGUGGCCCACCUUGCCAAGGAAUCAGUGGAUUCAAUCGUUUCAGAAACCGUAAGGAGCCACUGAAAGAUGAGAAAAACCAGCAAAUGGUCACAUUUAUGGACAUUGUGUCAUAUCUCAAACCUAAGUUUGUCCUUAUGGAGAAUGUCGUGGACAUUCUUAAGUUUGCUGAUGGAUAUCUUGGUAGAUAUGCAUUGAGUCGCCUGGUUGCUCUGAAUUAUCAAGCACGGCUAGGGAUGAUGGUAGCUGGUUGCUAUGGGCUGCCCCAGUUCCGAAUGCGUGUGUUCCUUUGGGGAGCUCUUCCUGACAUGGUGCUCCCAAAGUAUCCUCUCCCUACAUAUGAUGUGGUUGUGCGUGGCAUUGUCCCAAAUGCUUUCUCUCAAAGCGUUGUUGCCUAUGACGAAACACAAAAACCAACUUUGAAGAAGGCUCUGCUUCUUGGCGAUGCUAUUUCAGACUUGCCGGAGGUAGAUAACUAUCAGCUUCACGAGGUGAUGGAAUAUGGUACGAAGCCCAAAACAGAAUUUCAGCGCUAUAUCCGACUUGGUCGUAAAGACAUGUUGGACCAUUCAUUUGGUGAUAACACUUGUCCUGAAGAAGGCAAGCUCUUGGAUCACCAACCUUUGAGGUUAAACCAAGAUGAUUAUGAUCGUGUGCAACAAAUCCCAGUAAAGAAGGGAGCCAACUUCCGCGACCUACCAGGCAUCAAGGUUGGAGCAAAUAAUAUUGUGGAGUGGGACCCAGAAGUUCCGCGGGUUUAUCUGAAAUCUGGCAAACCCUUGGUUCCGGACUAUGCAAUGUCCUUCAUUAAGGGCAGAUCACUGAAGCCGUUUGGUCGCUUGUGGUGGGACGAGACAGUUUCUACGGUCGUGACCAGAGCAGAGCCACACAACCAGAUUAUAUUGCACCCAAAUCAGGCACGGGUUUUGUCUGUCCGUGAGAAUGCAAGGUUGCAGGGAUUUCCUGAUUACUACCGAAUGAACGGGCCCAUCAAGGAGAAGUACAUACAAGUUGGCAAUGCGGUGGCGGUUCCUGUUGCCCGAGCACUGGGUUACUCUCUUGGUCAGGCGUACCAGGGCGAGAUGGAAAGCACUGGGCCGCUGUUCACAUUGCCUGCCAGCUUUACCAAUGUGGGACAGACCGAGGAGCUGGCGAGAGCUUCAUCUGUCGGAAUCCCUGUAGGAGAGGUGGUAGAGCAAUAGCAUUGAGUGAGAGUUCCCUUGUGCUGUUGGAUUCAAUUCGAGUCCAUGCGGUGAUUAUCACUCUUGAGUUAGGAUUGGUGAGGGGAGAUGAAUGUUGUAACAUUGUUUAGGGCAUACAAGUCGAGUGCUUAUUGUAUUGUAGUUGCGAUGUUUCCAAACAUUCAAUUGCUGGUCGAUCAUGAACCUUAAUUCUAUAAAUAAAGCUUGUAAUGAUUCGUUGCUACAA